ACACUGCUUGGUGGAUGGUAAGGUGGUCGAAAAAAGUUGUUAAAAGCGCAGAAAAAGCAAUUGUAAUGCAAGUGCUCCAGUGACUGUGAAAAAUUCUCAACUCUCCACUCCGCAUUCACCACUUCUCCACUCCUUCAGUUCCCGCGGAGAUGUCACCGAUUGGAGCCACUUCCUCGCAGCAAAUCCCACAGCAAUAACAAAUAACGAAUAACAAAUGAUGUGAUGCAGCAGCAGGGGUCGAGUUCGGAAUACACAACCUUCGAGUAGUCCAGGCCACCUAGAAUCAUCCGGAUCGCAACCACGAUGAGCUGGCUGCUGGGCCUCCUCGGGCUCCAGGUCCUGUUCCUCUGGCUCCUGUGGCUGCCCGGCGAGAUCCUGGCCAUUCCCACGCCGCUCAAGCUGCCAGGCUACACCCACAGGCUGACGCCCUACAUCAAGCACUGGGAGGCGGCGAACUUCGAUCGCCAGGUGCUGCAGGCGGCGCAGGUCAGGCACCUGGAGCAGGCUCGCUUCCGGCAGAAGAGAGAGGUGACCACCUCGGCGAGUGGACUGGCGCACACCAUCCGCUUGAAUUUCUCCGCCCACGACAGAGAUUUCCGGCUGGUGCUGCGUCAACAGCCGCACUCAGUGUUCGCCCACGACGUGGAGAUCGAGAACACUCUGGGCCCCAUCGACUACGAUGUGUCGCGCAUUUAUACGGGCAGCCUGGAGGACGACGAGGCGGCCCACGUCCAGGCGAUCCUCACCAGCGACAACCUGUUGGACGGCACGAUAGAAACCCAGGCGGAACACUACUACAUCGAGCCGGCGCAUCGGUAUUCCCAGCAGCUGGCCGAGAGCGGUGUCCACAGCAUAGUCUAUAAGUUAAGCGAUGUAAAUAUGCAGAAGGAGCAGUUCACCGGCGGAGGACUCAACUCCGCCACUCCCGCCAAGACGCACUGCGCCAGCGAGAAGCUGAGAAAGAAGCGCUGGCUGCCAGAGGAGCUGGCCAUGUCGGACGCUCCGGCGCCCACGUACAAUCGUAAUCCGCCCCUGCCGCUGGACUUGGAGGUGCCCUACAACGAUGACUUUCGCGUCCUUGCCUCCGAAGAGGACAAGAGCGAGGAGUCGCCGCGGAAGUACCCAACCACGUCCACAACCAGGAGCACUGUGCGCAGCACCGAGAGCUUCCUGGCCACGCUGACUAAGCCCACGUCGAACCGCAACAUACUUGUAAAUAACUACAAUCCCUCCAAUCUCGGCGAGGGAAGUCGCAGCUACAGCAGCGGCAGCAACAAUGCCAACAGCAAUAGUAAUAACAAUAACAGCAACAACAACAACAACAAUAAUAAUAAUAAUGGUAAUAACAAUGUGCGGAAGUUGUACACAAAACACAAGAACAUUAUUGUGAGCACGUACAACCGACCCAUCGAACCGGAAUUUGGAACGCCCUACGAGGAACCGAAUAACAAUGGCACCCGCGAGCUGCCUAGUAACUUCUUCAAUGCCAACUGGACGACGCUCUUUCUGGGAAACAACAACAAUGGCAAUGACCGCCCCAGCCACAAGACGCAUGUGGAGAUUAUCACGAAGAACGGAGCCACCAAGAAGCCAAACAUCAUUGUUAACAACUACAAUCCGGAGAUUAUAUUCGCGCCCAAUCCGCACAAUCCCAGUUUCAACAGCAUGCUGAUGACAAAUCUGCUGAGCGGAAGGGGUGGCGAGGACAUCCACAGCUCUCCCAGGCUGCUCUACGAUCGCAAGACCACCUGCAUGCUGUACCUGCAGGCGGACCACACCUUCUUCCAGAAGAUGGGCUCGGACGAGGCGUCCAUCGAGGCCAUCACGCGGCAUGUGCAGCGGGCCAACACAAUUUACCGGAACACGGACUUCAACAACGAUGGGAAGCCGGACAACAUCACCUUCAUGAUCAAGCGCAUCAAGGUGCACAACAUGAACGCGAUGAAGGAUCCCAGCUACCGAUUCCCCGGCAACUACGGAGUGGAAAAGUUUCUGGAGCUGUUUUCGGAGGAGGAUUACGACGCCUUUUGCUUGGCUUACAUGUUCACCUACCGUGACUUCGAGAUGGGAACCUUGGGUUUGGCCUGGACUGGAGAUCUCAAGAACGCCGGCGGAGUAUGCGAAAAGAAUGGCCACUACCGCGGGUCCCUUAAGUCCCUCAAUACGGGAAUAGUCACUCUGUUGAACUAUGGAAAGCAUGUGCCACCGGCGGUCUCUCAUGUGACAUUGGCCCACGAAAUUGGCCACAACUUUGGAUCACCGCACGAUCCAGAGCAAUGUACCCCUGGUGGCGAGGAUGGUAACUUCAUCAUGUUCGCCCGCGCCACUUCGGGCGACAAGAAGAACAACAACAAGUUCAGCACCUGCUCGUUGAAAUCAAUAGAACCCGUGCUGAAUGCCAAGGCACGUUCCAUGAAGGGCUGUUUCACAGAGCCGCAGUCAUCGAUUUGCGGCAACGGCGUGGUGGAGCCGGGCGAGCAGUGCGACUGCGGAUGGGAGGAGGACUGCAAGGACUCGUGCUGCUUUCCCAUGUCAAGGCAACCGCGUCUGGAUGAAACUCCGUGCACUCUGACGCCGCAUGCCCGCUGCAGUCCGUCGCAAGGUCCCUGCUGCACCACCGAUUGCAAGCUGAAGUUCGGUGACAAGUGUCGGGAUGACAACGGCUGUCGGGAUCCUUCAUUUUGUGAUGGGCGAGUGCCUCAGUGUCCUCCGUCGGUGAACAAGCCCAACAAAACCAUCUGCAACAAGGAGUUCGUCUGCUACAUGGGCGACUGUACGGGCAGCAUCUGUUUGGCCUAUGGUCUGGAAUCGUGUCAGUGUAUUCCGGGACCUCAGGACGAUCGGAUCAAGUCAUGUGAGCUGUGUUGCAAGCUGCCAGGAGAGGACAGUCCCUGCCGGAGUUCCUUUGAGUGGAAUGAGGCGCCCUUCGAUGUGCCCGAUAUGUACUCAAAGCCUGGAACUCCCUGCAAUGAUUACAAUGGAUACUGUGAUGUCUUUCAAAAGUGCAGAGAGGUGGAUCCUUCUGGACCGCUGGCCACGUUGCGCAAGCUCCUGCUUUCCGAAGAGAGCAUCGCCAGCUUCAAGAAGUGGAUGCAGCACAACUGGUACACAGUUGCUUUAGCUGCCGUGGGCGUUAUCCUGCUUCUGGCGCUGAGCACAAAGCUGCUGGCGAAGCGGUCGAAUCUGAAGCUUAAGUCCGUCACCAUUAUACACAGCGCCACCACGGAGACAGUGCGUCUUCCAGAGAACAACAACGGCGUUAUAGUUCAUACGGCCGUAAGGACAAAGGUACCUUUCAAGAAGAAGGUUCGUGGCGAGCGCACCAAGAAACCAGGAACGGGAGCAGUAGCUGGUGCGGGAGUAACCGCUACGGCUGCAGUUGCAACCCGAGGUGUGGCCAAAAGCAGUGCCAAUCCGGAGCCAAAGAAGACCACUAGAAGCCAAGCGAUGGCCAAGAAGAAAUCCCUCGAGGAGGAGCCCAAGAAGUCCAGCAAGAAGAUGGGCAAGCACAUGAAGGAGAUUAUCGACUAUUCAAACCGUAACAACAACGGCGACGAUGCCUCCAACUUAUCGACCACCAACAACCAUACCAACACCUUUGGCAAGGUCCAAAAGUGGCUGCUCGAAUCGCCCAUUGUGGCUCAACCAUUGUCCCACAUUGAGCACAGCUCUCGGGUUCGCAAAGUGAUGAGCAAAUCGCAAUCAACGCCAGAGAGACUGGUGCAAAAGACACCGCAGAAAACCAAGUCCAUGGGUAAUCUGUCCAACGAGAAGGUCAAACUGCAGGUGGUUUACAAGCCGCCCUUCAAGUUUUCCCUGAGAUUGUCCAAGAAACCGAAAGUAAAGACCCAUGUGGUGGGCGCAGGUGUAAGGCCAAAGAGAAGCCAAAAGACUAGUAACCGAACUGCAGGACAAUCCUCCUCGAAGGAAGUGUCUACGCGCGCCAAGAGGAGCGCCCUUUUGCUAUGCAACGAGGCGGAGGACGAUAACCAGAUCCUCACCCUCAACGAGCCCAACUACGAGACCUUGAAGCCACCAACGCCUCCACGUUCCAUGGAACAUUGCUACGAGAAUGUGGACAUGCAGGCCGAGGCCUCCAGUUCGAAGCCUAGUAGUAGCAGCAAAGUGGCUCCUAGCACACAAAAUAGAUCCAGUUUAGAGGUGACUCCUCCAGUGCCUGCCCAGAGGAACUCCUAUCGCAGGUCUAACUCCCUGUCCACCCACAAUCCAUUUGCGGCCGCUCCUCGCCGGAGCAGCAGCAAGGCCAGCGGAUCGGUGAAUCUCACGCGGAACUUUGGCAGCACUCAGAAUCUGAUCAAUCUCAGUCAGAAUCUGUCCAAAAACAAGAAGCGCAGCAGUCUGAACCUGAAGGCAAGUGGUAGUGGAGCCAACAGAAGCGGGAAAGAUCCGCCAACUAUGGCAGUCGCCUCGCCACAGAGACGUUCCUCGUCCAACGCUAAUCUCCGCAGGGACAGCAGCGUGUCCUCCACAAAGGCAGUGCCUGUUCCACCCACACGCAACUCGCGGAAUAGCUUUAGCAACAUUCCAAGGGCCAGUUUGGGAGGAGCAAACGGCAGUGCCGCCGCCAGCACUGGAGCACCUCCGCCCAGUUUCUCUCGCCAAUCUUCCAGCAGCACAGCCACCAGCAGCUCAUCCAUCACUCCAGGCUUUACCACAGGAGUGGCAUUGCAGCAAUCUGCCUCCACCAGCGCCAUGCAGCGUCACCCGCCCUCGCAGCCCACGAGAAGAAGCCUGAACAACUUCAGGUCGCGCUCCACGGGCACAGGAGCUGCAACUGGAAGGCCAGGAGCAGCAGGCACUUCUGCAGCAGUUACAUCCGCAGGAGCCGCAUCUGCAUCAGCAUCGAACGAGAACAACGAGCUGCCUUCGGACUUGGAGGUGGUUGUGUCCGAUGUGGAGAACCUGGUUAGCUAAGGGCAGCUCUCCCGUUCCAGUUUCCAAAACCAACCAAGUGAAAGUGAUAAGUCUUAAUGUUAGUUAUACAAAUUGUCGCAUAGGUUUACUUGCAUAACACUGCCUUAAACUUGCCGUUUCUGCUGAAAAUGUGAAAUACCACGCCCACUCACACGAACAGACACACAACCGCAUUCCACACGCCCAUAAAUCCACUGACCAAGGUUCGCCCCAGCACCUCGAUGCAUCACCAUCCACUCCACUCCACUAGGGCACCCAAUCACCCACUGAUGCCACCGCAGUCCAAACCGCAGCCGCACUCACCGCACUUUGUACCUUCUACUGUUUACUGUUUGCAUUCCAUUGCGUAAACUGCAAUUCAGCCAAUCUCACUAGUUCCGGUUUCCAGUUUCGAUUGGACUUGGCGGAAGUUGAUAUAUAAAGAUAAAUGCAAACUGCAUUUAUAACUCUUCCAAUUUUGAUCGCAUCUUGAACUGGAAACCGGGCAUAUGCUCGUAAUUCAAUGACGAUUUCUUUCUUAUCAAACCCAUUUCACAGAUACUCGCAUUUUGAACCAGUUAUAAGAAGAAAAUCGAAUUGAAAUACCUGCUCAUAUGCCCGCUCUUUAUGUUUGCCCGAACUUGGU